AUAAUAUUUUAAGGGUAAGUGAUUAGACAUUUUGCUCUAUCAAUACGAUAUCAAGUUAUCGAAAUAAAGUCAUCAUAAAUAUACCUAACAAGUAACGAAUAAGUAAUAUAACUAAUUAUAGUAUAUCUUUUCAGGUAAGUAUUUGAAAUAAAAAUGUAUUAGGUAUUAUAAUAAUAUUGUGAUCUGUGCUAUGAUUGAAAGAGCUACGUCGCCGUCGUCGUCGCCUGCACGUCGAUGAUUAGUCGUAAAAUAAUUAUAUUAUUAUUUCAAUGUAAUUACACGGUUAUGGUGUUGUGUAUACGUAUAGUGUAGGUAUACAAAUCACACAAUCGUUUCUCGUAUAAUAAUAAUAUAUAGAUAAGAAACCGGCCGUCGCCGCCAACUCGUGUCUCGUAGGUACCACACGCUCAUUGUGUCCGAGUAAAUUAGUUUUUCCGAAAGGAUGGAGCUCGUAUGUGUGAUGCCGAUAACCAGUUUUGUUUUUUAUCCCGAGUUUAAUUAUUAUUAUACUACCCAGUAAAAACGCACGCAAACGAAAAAUGCACUCACGUUUUUCGUCGUCAUCGUCGUCGUCUUAUCGUACCUACACCAUAUUCGGACAAUCGACCGGAAAAUAAUAUAUUAUAAUUUAUAAUAGUAAAAUUGUGGUAGACCAGGUAUCUUAUAGGUACUUUUUAAUUCUUAUUAUUAAUAUAUAAUAUACCGUGGUAUGAUAUUAUACCGUCGUCCGAAUUCCAAAGAGAUAACAAGAACAAGAUGUGUGUGUGUGUGUUUGUACGCCUGUACUGCGUUUUCUGCGUACUCAUCGGCGGUUUGGACGGGGUUUCUUUCUUUUGAGGAACAUAUUUUCACCGUAUUGUGGGCUUAAACUAUACAUUUUUAGUAGCUAUAUUAGUUUUUGUGUUAAAAUAUGUCGGCGAUAUUUAAAACACUUUGUGUUCACCCCCAUCGAAAACCGAGACGGCGCCUCACGACUGCAGCUGUAAAUGUAUGCGAUUCUCCGAAUACCGAAUUGUGCAUGACGGACGAGAACACAUCUGCAAUGCAGUAAAAUCUGGUUUACUGCAAAUUGUUUAUCGCUUAAAAUACGAGUAGUUAAAUAGCGAAAAAAUGAUGUUUGGCUCGAGAAAAAGAAACUAAGAAAAAUAGUGACCGUCCAACACUGUAAGUAAUUAUUGUAAGUAAAAAAAAAUACCAAUUAAGUAAUAAAAUAAGUUAUAUUGCGGUAAGACAAAACACGCCGCGGCACGGUGAGAGACACCCUGUGGCUUGUAUAUAAAAUAUAUGCAUACACAUAUAUAUAUGUAUAAUGUAUAUACACGCUUUAGCAACGUAUAUUUAUAUAUAUAUAUAUUUAUUUAUUAUAGUAAGACACUAGCGGCCAGCACUGUGUAUAUGUGUACACGACAGGGGGGGGGGAUGAGCUGCACAAGACGAAUAUCCCUUUAUCGUUCGAAAAGUUGUGAAUGAGUAUGGUGCAGGGUAGCAGGUGCAUAUAUAUAUUAUAUGUUUUGUAAAUGUCGGUAGGUGGAGAGCUAUAUAUAAGUUCUAUGUGUGUGCGUAUAUAUAUAUAUAUAUAUAUCGACCGAGCCUCCCGCAACUAUUCGUUCGCCAUUCACGUCAUCCCUUUCUCGACGAAUAAGUUAAGGGUGGCGGCAGUGUCGUUAUCUAAAUCGCUGGGGGUCGUUAUUAAUUGGUGGCGGCGACGAGACGUAAUGGCCGUAUAGAAGUCGUCGUACAUUAGAAUAUAUUUAGUCGGUCUUUAUAACUAAGUAUUAAUUUCCUCGGUCGGACACUGCAGCGUGUACAUUAUUCAUCCCCUCCCGUCGGUCACGAUCUGUGGUGUAUAUAUGCUUACCGCGAUAGUUACUCCGAAAUCAUAAUAACAACAAACACAAUAUUAUUAUAAUUUAAUACGGCGACGAUGACGUUACGAUAUUAUGACAACGGACGGAAUAUAUUAUUAUUAUUAUAAUCGUAUACGGCUGGCCGUCGCAUUCGGACGUGCAUCAUAUUAUAGUACACCGCGAACUUAUAGCGCAAUACCGUCGUCGUGACUAUUCGCCGUCGUCAUGCAGCGGGUCGCGAUCGUCUCGGUCGUCACAAUACUUACUUCGGCCCUAGGCCGGUGGCCCGACGCGGCCGUGGCAUGGAACACCGGCAGGAUGUACGGCACGCCGAUGCGGGCCCGGCUGACCGACGUGGCGGUGUGGCGGAACCGCGCGUACGCUUGCUGGCCCAGGACUGACGCUUCGCAACCGGUCACUCUGCUGGAACUGCCGUGGCCCGAGACCGACGACGAACAAUCGCUGCAGUGGAAGCCUCGUCGGCCGUUUCAUGCGGACCAACAAAAACUCUACGACUGCAGCAGUGUUCAAUCGGCUAUUUCCGUCGACUUGGAUAAAUUUAGAGGGCACCUGUACGUGCUGGACGGCGGAUACGACAACUGUCAACCGAAAGUUAUCGUUUAUGAUCUGAAGACUUACAAAUAUAUACAGUCGGUAGAACUCGGUGGACUCAACGGAUCGGGACUAACCACGCUGGUGGUAGAUGCGAGACCGUUCAAAGCCGAGAUGAGGGUGUACGUAGGCGAUACGCACAGCGGACGUAUCGUGGUAUUGGACCCGGACCGAAACAUUUGGUACAUGGUCGCAUUACACGCCCAGAACUACGGCGGCGCAGUCAUACAGGACUACCGCAGACCGGAAGUCAACCAGGAAGUUACUGCAGAAUGCAUCGCUGUCUCCAAGCUACAUUCGUCUGUAUACUUAACGUCAAUGCGCUCGCACGACUUGUACACGGCUUCGUUCAAGGAUCUUCGAAAUAUCACCUCUUAUGUCACGCCUAGCGUAAAGGAUGGUGACGUGCUUCCGGUUGGAUUGCGAGUGCGCUGGGAAGGCGUCAAACUGGGUGUUUCGAGCGGGCUGUACGCUGAUAUACAGGGUGGUCUCAACUAUGUAUACACCAGAGAUUUCGUAGCCGUCAGGUGAAUAUAAUAGAUUGAGUUUGAUCGCCGGAGGUGCACCGGUCACGGCGGAAAACCACAAGGUGUUGUUGCAGUCGUACGACCUGUUACCGGCGGUAACGAAGAUUUUCACGGACAACACGAAUUAUCUGCAAGUGUGGGCCCUAAACGCCGUGCCCAACUCGAAAAACCGUCAUCUGGUUAAAAUAAAUACGCUCACGUUAUAAA